AGAAUUCUUAUGACUUUUUAAAAAAAGAAAGGGGAAAAACAAAAUAACAAUCUGAAUUGCUAUGGUAUGGAAACAGCUGCCCUAUGUUUGAGCGAGGAGUCUAUAGCACAGAUUAAUUCACGUUGUCUGGAAACAUGGACUGAAAUGCGAGAGUCAGUGCUUUUACCUGAUGCUGUGCUUCACACAGAAGAUGGAGGAGCAUUUUCGAUCCACAAGAGCAUCAUGUCAGCUUGCAGUCUUUAUUUCAAAGUGCUUUUUACCACUAAAAUCGACAAAAGAAAACGUACGAGAUAUACAAUUCCCGGUAUCACUGCAUCCAUGUUGCAACUCAUCAUCACAUACGCCUAUAGUGGUAGAACUGAAGUAACCGAUGACAAUAUCAACAAAUUUCUUCCAGCUGCCGACCAGUUCAAUGUGCUUGGUAUAAUUGAUGACUGCACGAGAUUUCUUUUGUACAAAAUGAAUUACGAGAACUGCAUUGGCAUCAGAAAUUUCGCUCAGACAUUCUUUUGCUUUGAACUUGAAGACGCUGCAAACAGAUUUAUAUUAAGCAACUUCGUGGACGUUGUACAAGAAAGUGAAGAGUUCCUUGAAAUGCAGGUCGACGAGCUUGUUCUUCUUCUGAAUUCGGACAGAAUCAAUGUUCGCAACGAGGAGAUAGUUUGGGAAGCUGGUAUCCAAUGGGUGAAACACAUGCCCCAAGAGAGGAAGAAAUAUGUGGAUGCUGUUAUGCGUUGCGUCCGUCUAGGGCUGCUAGACACCCAGUACUUUAUGGAGAAGGUGAAAUUACAUCCGUUUGUCGAAAAUAAUGAGUCAUGCAAACCAAUUGUGAUUGAAACUAUUAGAUUUAUCUGGGAUCUUGAAAUGAUUGAGCAGAAAACGCAAGAAGUGGAAACACCGUUUCUCGCCAUUCCCAGAAUUCCUCAUUCCAUACUUUUCACGAUCGGUGGAUGGAGUGGUGGUUCGCCCACGAAUCUGGUUGAAACAUAUGAUACGAAGGCUGACCGAUGGAUAAGAGUUCCUGAAGCAGAUCCGUCUGGACCUCGAGCAUAUCAUAAAUUGGCUGUCAUUGGUUUUGAUAUAUAUGUCAUUGGUGGUUUUGAUGGUAACGAGUAUUUCAAUAGUUGUCGCUGUUUCAACGCUGUCACAAAAGAAUGGAGGAAUAUUGCCCCCAUGUACUCAAAAAGGUGUUACGUAAGCGUUGCAACUCUAGAUAAUCUGAUAUAUGCAAUGGGUGGAUAUGACGGACAUCAUCGACAAAACACAGCAGAGCGCUAUAAUUACCGCACUAAUCAGUGGAGCUUCAUAACACCCAUGAACAUCCAGAGAAGCGAUGCUAGCGCCUCCACCUUGAAUGGUAAUAUUUAUGUGGUUGGUGGCUUCAACGGUAGCGAAUGCCUUUCUUCUAGUGAAUUUUAUUGUCCUCGAACAGAUCAGUGGACUCUUGUGCAGUCCAUGAGAAACAGGAGGUCAGGAGUAUCAGUUAUCUCUCACCAUGGCUCCAUAUUUGCACUGGGCGGGUUUAAUGGCAUUUCGAGGCUUGUGAAUGGCGAGAAGUAUGAUCCAGAGACCGAUCAAUGGACAGCGAUCCCGGACAUGUUCAAUCCGAGGAGCAACUUUGCUGUCGAGGUGAUCGAUGACAUGAUUUUCGUGAUCGGCGGUUUCAAUGGUGUAACGACAAUCUUCCAUGUCGAGUGCUUCGACGAGGAGGCUGGCGAGUGGUAUGAAGCAACGGACAUGAGUACCUACCGAUCUGCUUUAGCAGCUUGCGUCAUUCCAGGGCUACCGAACGUUGACGAUUACAUUCAUAAGAAUAGAAAUGGCUUAUUGGAGGAAAAGAGACAAAAACUCAUACAACAACAAGCAAUCGAACAAGCAAGAAACCGCUACCAAGCCUUAGAAGAUGGUGAGACAGAUGAACUGGAUAUUAACGAACCAGAAUAAGAAGAGAUUUCUCUGAAUCGGGAUUCUGAUUCUUUGAGUUAUGAAGUGAUGAAUCAGGUCAAGAGAGAUUCAAAUUAGGCAAUGAUGAAGUGAUAAAGCAGCUGAAGGGAGACAAUUUAGUGUGUGAAGAAUUAGUUAUGCUAUCAAGAAAGAUCUAUUAAAUUUGAAGGAAUGUUAAA